GUGGUUGACCGACGUGUGACGAAGAUUGAGGUGGGGUCGGGCUCACACUUCCCGUGCUGGAAGGAUAACCAAUCAUUGGUGACCGUGGUGAGAGAGAGAGAGAGAGAGAGAGAGAGAGAGAGAGAGAGAGAGAGAGAGAGAGAGGGUGGCUCCGGCCUCGCAAGCUUGGCAAGCUUUGGAUAUGGAAGGAAGAGGGUGUGGCAUGGAGCAUUCCAUUUGGAUGUCUGAAAGAAAGUUGCUCGUUGAAAUCGAAGAAGCAGCAUAAUCGGUCAGUGGUAGAUCGGGGGGAGGGUGUGUGACGACUCUGGUGGCGAAAAUCUCGGUAUUUUCUGAAACCAAGGUGCUCUUUCCACGUUUUUCCCCCCCUCUCAGGUGUCGAUCGACUUGCACGCAAGGACAUUGCUUGCUGAAGCGUUGCCUUCUUCACCGCAUUCACGCCCAUCCACAGCCGACGGGCUCGGUAGCAAGGUCUGCAACGUGUGGAUGGUGUGGUGCGAUCGGUCGUCCCCGAGCUCCACUCUGGGUGGCCUGAGAUUUUUGGUUGACGUGUACACGUUUUUCCUGUACGUCAACCUUUUGGCGGUGUAGUUGUUCCGGCCGAACACAGAGAACGCCGAUUAUGAUACAUCGAGAGCUCGUGGCUCGUGUGCCGUCAAAGACACGUGGCUUGUGUGCUGUCGAAUGUCUUCUGACUUUCACGUGAGAAUUUCCGACACUCACGCACGAUCUGGAGGAUGAUGUGUUGGUGGCAGGAAGUGCAUAUAUAAAUAUAUAUCCGAAAGCGGAUUUGCAUAUAUAAAUAUAUAUCCGAGUGGAGUGGCGAACGAGAGGAAGGGAGAAGGAGAAGCUCAGCUGUGUCGUCUGUACUGAGACCAAUGCGCAUAAGAGACGUCUGCCUUAAGGCGAAGGCCGGGCACUGUUGUGAGGAGCCUUCUGCCGGGCACUUGUACUUGGAGAUGUCAAGCGGCGAGUAGCACAGCCCGGCAGUGAGGAGGAAAUCAGUUGAGAGUUGUGGGUUCUAGGUCUGGGAAUAAGAUUAGGAACACGCGCGAAGAGCAGCUUGGAAAACGUGGCAGAGGGCUCGACGAGUGUGCGCGUAAUGUUGUGUUGCACCGUGUAGGCGGCACCAAACACAAGUGAAGGGCGAGUUCGGCAUCGGGGCAGGAGGCUGUGGGAGAGUGGUAAAGGUAUCUGAUUGACGCGAACGAACACUCAUCGUCCUUACUCUGAGUGCAGACAACAGGACGUCAGCAAACCUAGUUGUACAGAGUUUCUCGGCAGGACCUGAUCUGUACGUUGUGUGUGUGUGUGUGUGUGUGUGUGUGGACGUGUAAGAGUGUGUGUGUGUGUGUGUGUGUGUGUGUGUGUGUGUGUGUGUGUGUGUGUGUGUGUGUGUGUGUGUGUGUUUAGCUUAGCUAGCAGGAACCGGGUGCAGUGGUGAUUCGGACAAGGCGACGGGUGUCCAAGGAAUCUCGCUGCUCUUGGGUGUUUGUGUUAUCUUGCCGAGUUUCCGGCUAGUGUGGGUGUCAGUUGUAAGGUGUGUGUGUGUGUGUGUGUGUGUGUGUGUGUGUGUGUGAGAGAGAGAGAGAGAGAGAGAGAGAGAGAGAGAGAGAGAGAGAGAGAGAGAGAGAGAGAGAGAGACGGUAAUUGGUAGAUGGAUGAUUUCGAGAGGGCGAUCUUGUAUGCUUUUGAUCAGAGCGGGGCCGUGUCUGCCGAAAUACGGAAGCAGGCGACAGAUUUCUUGGUGCGGGCGCGUACUGAGCCGACUAUAUGGCCGCAAGUGUUCCUGGAUCAUUUCCGGCUUUCCGACUACGGCGAAGUGCAAUUCUGGUGCUUGCAAUCGAUCGAGGAUUGGGUGAGGAGUGGCUACGCCCAAGCUGACAGGCCCCUUCGUGAGGCAAUCCGCUUUGUUCUGUUCUCGAUUGCUUGUGGCGGAGAUGGAACGGAAGGGCCUCUGGGAGCGGGAGGAGGAGCAGGAGGGGAUCCGUCGGUGGGAGGACAGCAGCCUGGGAGAGCAGCAAGUGGUGGGGGGCUAUUAUCAAAUCCUGCCACGGCCGCCUCCGCCGUGGCAUCAACGAAUGCAGCGGUAGGUACGGGGUUCGAUUCCUCCGCAGCGCUGAAGCCGAGACCGGUGUUCGUGCGGAACAAGCUGGCACAGAUCAUUGCCCAAUUCAUUUUCUUGGAAUACCCGGCAAACUGGCCCUCAGUGUUCCUGGAUCUGAUCUCCUCCUUAAGCAGAGGACCGGUCGUUGCUGAUAUGUUUUGUCGUGUUCUCAUCACUCUGGACGAAGAACUAAUUAGCAUUGAUUACCCUCGUUCUGCUGAGGAAAGUGCUGCCAGUAUGCGCGUUAAGGAUGCGAUUCGAGGGAUGUGCGUGCAGCAGAUGGUCGAUGCUUGGUACGCGCUGAUCGUCGCCUACCGAGCUACUUUGCCUGAGCUAGUGGCGUCUGUCCUUGAAGUGGUUCAACGUUACGUGGUGUGGAUUGACAUCAUUCUUGUGGCCAACGAACGCUUUAUGCCGAUCAUUUUUGGAAUGCUGUGCUCUCCGGAAGAGACCGCGCGGCUUCGAGGAGCCGCGGCGAGCGUUCUUCUGGCGAUUGUCAUGAAAAGAAUGGAUGCUGCUUCCAAGGUGGCGCUACUGAAACGCCUGGAAGUCGUCGAGAUCUGCAGUAGUCUGACAGAUGUGAAGGACGCGGAAUUCGCGCUGAAGGUGAGCGGGCUGUUCACGGGAAUAGCGAACGAGGUGUUGGAAUGCCUGAAGAAGAUGGAGAGUGGGGAAUGCAGCGCGGGGGGCGAUGACGUGGCAGUGGUUGGGGCUUUGGCGGGUUCAAUGCUGGAUCGGGUGAUGCCAGCGGUGCUGUUCUUCAUGGGCAAUCGUGAUGAAGAGGUAUCUGCGACGACAUUUCAGUUUUUGUCUGCCUACGUGUCUAGAAUCAAGCGCAGAUGUUCAGGUGGAGGACACGUGGCAGAUCUAACGAUCAAAGAGCGAGAGCAUCUAGAUCAGAUCCUGAGCGUCGUGCGCAACAGGAUGCGUUACGACGACGAUGUGUUCAUGUCGCUGGACGAGGUGAAUGAGAGAGGUGCAGCGAUGGCGGCAACGGCGGCGGCAGCGGCGGGGGGGGGGGGCAGCCUCCCGCCCACCCUGGAGGAUGAGGAGGAGCAACGCAUGGAGGAAUACCGAAGGGAUUUAUACACGAUCUUCCGGAAUAUCGCGAAGAUAUCACCGGAUGUAACCAGAGAGUUCGUGCAAUCCACGUUGUCUUCGGUCUUGGGAAAGUCGAACGAGAUGGUGCCCUCUGCAGAUGUGGAAGUUUCCCUCACUCUGCUUUACCUUCUAGGGGAGGGGGCGGGAGAGGAUGUCUUGAAGCCAGGUAGCGGAUCCAUGGGGGACAUUUUUGCGGCACUACUCUCUGCCAAGGUUCCAUGGCACGGCCAUCGAAUCAUCGCGCUGUCUUAUUUGGAGAUAAUCGUCAGAUUCGUUAAGUUCUUGCAGCAGCAGCCGCAAUGUAUCCCGGCUGCGCUGACUGCGUUCCUUGACGAGAGGGGAGUGCGGCACCCGAAUCCCAACGUCAGUAGCAGGGCGAGCUACUUGUUUAUGCGAUUGGUGAAGGUGCUGCGCACGCAAUUGAAGGUGUAUCUAGAUACGAUCCUACAGAGCUUGCAAGGGAUCUUGGGCACCAUCACGUCAUUUGAGUGCAUUAGCAGCAAGAAGGACCCUAGCGUAAUGGAUGAGCGGCUAUACCUGUUUGAGGCCGUCGGGCUCUUGAUUGGUACGGAUGAUCUUCCUGCAGAUAAACAGUUGAAGUAUUUGGCUGCGAUCGUUGGACCACUCUGUGAACAGGCGAAAAACAUCCUCGUGAACCAGACCUCUGCGGACGACAACGUGGGGAGCCCACAAACAGCAGGUGCCUUGAUGCAUUUCAUUCAUGCACUAGGCAGUAUCAGCAAGGGUUUUGGCGAGCAGCUAGCUGGUGGAGCAAAGCAAGAUGUUAGUGCUGUUCUCAAGCAGGCUCUGGGAGAAGUGCUGGGAAUCUUACAAAGAUUGCCGAGGAACAAAGCCCUGCGCUCAAAGGUGAUCUCUUUCCUUCACAGGAUGGUGGAGUGCCUUGGGAGUGGCAUUUCGCCAGUGCUUCCCAUUGCGAUUCAGCAACUCCUCGUAGAUUGUGAGUCCAGAGAUUUGUUUGAGUUUAUCCAGUUGAUGAAUCAGCUUGUUAACAAGUUCAAGGGUGCAAUGAUGGGCAUCUUAAAUGAAGUCGUCCGUAUAGUCCUGGGACGAGUGUUCGAGUUUUUAUCAGAAGGGAUUACAUCUGAUGGAUUGGCAGCAAACACAGAAGAGGUCAGGGAGCGGCGAGAGCUGCAACGCAUAUAUUUCACUUUCUUGCAGAGCAUCACUGCCAAUGAUCUAUCAUCUGUGUUCAUAACGCCACAAAACAGCGGAUGUCUGAAUGACGUUGUCAGCUCCCUCCUACAGGGUGCAUGUGAUCAUGCAGAGGUGCCUGUGCGGAAGAUCUGUGUUCAAGCCCUGAUCAGAUUGGCUAGCGAGUGGUGUGAGCAACCUGAGAAGGUGCCUGGCUUUCGGCGUUUCAUCAUUGAGAAGUUUGUUACAGAGUGUUGUCUCUAUAGCACCUUGCGGAACACAUUUGAUUUGCGGGAUGCUAACACGGUGUCAUUGCUUGGGGAAAUUGCCGUCGCACUGAAGACUGUCUACCUGAAGUGCGGUGACGAGUUUCUCGUCCAUAUGCGCAGUGUUGCACUUCCGACUGUCCAUUGUCCGGACAACAUGGCCGACGAGUACUGUCAGCGCCUGCAGAACUCCGAUACAAGGGAACUGAGAAGUGUUCUGAAGACUGUCAUUGAGAAACUGAGGCCUUUGCAGAAUGGAAGUUACGGAUGAUCAGCUUCUGCAAUUCACAAUUUGAUGCUUAUUGAUUGGUAAGGUGCUGUGAGCUGAUUAUCAUUUCUUGUUCUUUGGAGUCAUCCAUCAUCUGACAUGAUUAUCAUUUCUUGUUCUUUGGAGUCGUCAUCUGACGUCUUCACUAGCGAAGGUUGCCUGAAAAUUUGAAUAGAUGUGUGUGUGUAAGAGAGGGAGGGGGGCAACAGAACGGAUGGUCUGGGUGCUUUGCAGAUAAUAUCUUCUGCACCGUUGCUGUCGUCGGGCUUAGCUUCAGCUUUAUUACAAAUAAAAGCAGUCCGUCCCUAGCGGCCCCUUCACUCUACCUUUGUUGAGAGCAUCCUUGGUGGACGAUCGAUUCACUUCGUAGGAAGUCUUACCCGUCGAAAGUCACUCGUGAAAGUGUCCGCAUAUGCAAUUAUGUUUUACUGGACGCGAGGUCCGCAUGUUUCAGCGUUUUAUGAGCUGUUUUUGUAUCCGAGCUGCAUGUUGAGAACGAUUUAGAGAUUCUUGUAGAACUGUAGUCGAUGACCACGAGGAUUUGUCUCGCGGCUGAAACACCAAGAACAUUCAGUGAAUUAUCCAGGAAUCGCCAAGAAGGGGAAAGUAGUUGAAAGUUGUGUGUGCAUUCGUUUAUAGGAGGUACGAGAGUAUGAGAACACAAUAAAUCUGUUAGUCAGGGAGAAGAGAGAAGAGAGAAGAAAGAAUAGAGAAGAGAGGAGACUUGUCUAUCUAAUGUUGAUGAUCAUGGGGGAGCAGCACCGCAGCAAUAGUGUUAGGCUGCAUGUGUAAGGGGUUGGUCAGGAAAGAGUUCACAGGUCACUUGCGUACGGUAAAGGAUGUGGUAUGCGACAGUCUGCUCGGCCUCCUAAGUGUGUAUGAAUCGAUUGAUUCAUCCGGGGCUCAAGUGGAGUUUUGUUCCGGUGUGUGGAGAUUUGACUUGGGCGUGGAGGAGAGGAGGGGGGGGGAAGGAGGGCAUACUCAAACUGGGACUUUUUUACUUGUUUCUUGAUGUAAUUGUGGUCAGAUUCAGCAAAGUAGGGCCAUAAUUACAGUCAGAAAUUCUUAAGAUUGUGCUAGCGAGAGUAUUCCCCAAGAAUGGAUAUGCUUAUCCUUGGGGAAUCCCCUUUCUAAAUACUCUUAUUCUACUUUCAUCUGGAGCUGCUGUAACUUGGGCUCUCAUCAUGCUAUGGUAGCUAGUAGCAGGCGUGUUUGGUCGCUUUCUUGGUUCACGAGGCACUGGCCCGUCUCCUCCGCGGGUAGCAUGGUCGACAUGGCCACCGUGUUGAAUUGCAGAAUAAGUCUUUUGCAUUAUUAUGGGUCUAGACUCUAAAGAAUCUAAACCACCAGUUCACACAAGCCUAAGUUGAUGAAGCUUACCUUCCAAGGCUCGCGAGCCUGUGACUGCGCUUUUUCAGAGUGUCCUGCCACUCUUGCUACCGGCCCAGGCCCGAAUAGAAAUGCUCUUACUCCGUAAACCAGUCGGAGCACUACUCUGCUUCAGGGGAAUCAUGAUCAAGGCUGCAGGUCAUGGAGUGCAUCUAAAGUGGCGAGGGGGUGGACCUAGGCCGGCUGUGCUAGACAUAUCUGCAGGGUGACGGUAAGGAAGGGGUAGAUUCGACAGAUGGGCUUUUAGGUUGUCAAAGGGGCAAGAGGGACGAAGUGGUGGCAGUGUUCGAGGUCUCUGAAAGAUAAACGUGGGGCAGUUCGCUGUACUUUCUCUCUCUUGUUCUCAUCUUGGAAUUCUUCCCUAUCAUAGCCUAGCAUCUGAAGGUGCAGCAUCAGCUAGCCGGUUGGUUGUCAACGUGGGAGAAGUCUGCUAGUGGUGAUGUUUCAAGGCCAGUGGGUGUUAAGUUGGGAGAAGUCUACCAGUGGUAGUCUUCUGAGGCUGAUGUGCUGUCAAUUCAGAAGUGCUACUGGGGA